AUGUCGAUUUUCCAAUUCAUUUCUCGCUGGCGAGCGCUGGCGCUGCUUGUCCCCGCUAUCGGUCUGGGGAGUUUUCUGGAGGCUGAUGCACUCUCCGUGCGCCCGGCUGCAAAUCAUCCCGAAGCGCUGUGUGGAUUACCAAGUGUUACUCUUGAUCGGAGACAGGCGCUGGUGCGAGGCACCAUCGCAGCCACGACUGGAUUGAUCGCGUCGGGAGUGAUUCCGCCUUUCGUCGCCUCGGCUGACGCAAUUCCUCCAACGAUCGCACCGAUUGCGACGCUGUCCGAUGGCGGCGCCUUUCCGCUAGCUUCUGUUUUGGCCCGGAAUCAAAAGGGCUUUGCCCGGGCCGUGCGCGACAGCGGUAUCUCCCGAGAUCAACUGUAUAUUUGUGGAUCGGUAGUCUCGAACCGAGCGAGCGGCUACGAAGCCGCGCGUCAGGCGACCAGCAAAGGGUGGCAACAGAACAUGGAAAAGUUCAGUUACGGUAACAUUGAGUAUUUGGAUCAGAUCAUGUUGGACUAUCCCGGGCCGGACUGUGAAUCAAUACAGGGACAAUGGGCAUCCUUUGAAAGUAUGCACGCACAAAAAUUGACAAAGAGCCUUUCCGUUUCCAAUUUUUCCCCAGCUGAACUCGACUGCGUGUUGCAAAAGGCCAAGGUCAAGCCCGUCGUAAACCAGCUGCCCUACAGUGUAGCCUACCACCCGGACAGAAAUGUGAUUGUCGAAAACAAAAAGCGCGGAGUAUUAGUCCAGGCCUGGGCGCCCCUUGGAGGUAGUUUAGGUGGACGCUUUUCGUCGUCGAUGAAAGGCACAUGCGCGCAAAUCGGCAAACGCUACGGUAAAAGCUUCGCCCAGGUCGCCCUGCGAUGGAUCGUGCAAACUGGUGGAGCCUUUACGACCCAAUCGAAGAACAAGGCCCACUUUACAGAGGACUUGGAUAUUUUUGAUUUCGAACUAACCGAAGACGAAAUGGCGCGACUGACAGCCCUGGCGUAAAUGUUCAAGACAGAACUACAAUACCCUCAAUUAAUGCGCAUUACUACAGAAAUAUAGAAACCAAAGCGCUAAAAGCAAGACCUAAUCGGGAUAUCAAUCGCAGCAACUAGUAAAAUGCGAUUUCAAGGCGACAAA